CAGUUAAGCAGCGAGGCUGCGUGCAUGUGGCUGGCUUCCUCGUGCGCUCCCCGCCUGCUCCCGCCCCCACUGCUGCAGUUUGGCCCCGUGUGCACCGGGCAUGUCCUGUUUGCUGCUAACGAGAAAUUAGAUGGCUGGGUCAAUCGGGGCAGAUUUCAUUAGCUUGGUACAGUCGGCCUGCAUGGAAAAAUUGGAGCUGUCCCAUUGAGUGCCUGCGGGAAGGUGCUUGGCCUGCGGAUGGAGCUGGAGUGGCCGAGGUGGGGCGUCGAGGAGGACAGGCGUCAUGCUGAUAUUCUUUCCUGCAUUUAAUCCACCGUUCCCAAUGAACAGAGCCGGGAUUAACAGCUUUUGCCAUGAAAUCGAAGCCAAGAAAGCCUGUGAGUGGCUGCGAGCGGCGGGAUUCCCUCAGUAUGCCCAGCUUUAUGAAGACUCCUUGUUCCCUCUCGACAUCGGUGCUGUGAAGAAGGACCACAGCUUCCUGGACCAGGACUCCCUCAAAUCCCUGUGCAGGAGGCUGAUGACCCUGAACACAUGUGCCUCCAUGAAGCUGGAAGUCCACUUUCAGCGUAAACAGAAUGAAGACUCCGAAGAGGAAGACCUGUGUGCCAUCAGUGACCGAUGGGCUUUUCAGCGGGACAGCAAGAGGUGGUCGCGAGUGGGGUCUGUCGAUGUUCUCUCCCAGGGCUCCGAGGUCCUGAGCUCCACCAUGCGGCUGGCAUCCAGCCGCGAAAGCGUCCUCACGGACCUCAGCACCAACCCAGAGGCCGUGUCUCUGCACAGCAGCGGCAGCACGGGUGGCACACUGGGUGUCAGAGCCGUGUCACCUGGCCCUCCAUCCCCCAUCCCCGCCGAUGCUGUCAUCGCCGCCUCCAGCCACAGUGUGAGUGAACGCCCCUUGCCCGAGCAGCCCUUGGGUGGUGGCGAGGGCUCCAAGGAGAAGCUGAAGAAGCGGCGAUCUCGCAGCUUCCUGAAGAGGAUUGAGUCCCUCCGAAGGAAGGACAAAGAGAAAACCAGCCCAGACGAGAAGGUGGCCGCACACAGCAGCAUUGCAACCACACCAGGAUGGGCCUCCCUGAAGGCUAACGGGGACCUUGCAGCCCCGAAGGCCAACUCCUCUAAAAGGGGGAUCUCUGCCUCUUUCCAUGGCAAAAAACACUUCUUCUCGGUAUCGUACAGGACUAACCGCUUGCUAGCAUCAGGUGGGAGCAAGGUGAGCUCUGAUUCGAAACACAGUGGAGUCUACUUGGAGGACUACGAAACAGCCGGUACAGCCAGCAGCGACUGGACUGACAGGGAAUGCCAGCACCGGCACGCGCACCAGGGCAAUUGUUUGGUGUACAUCCCCCGGGACCACAAACCAGGCACCUUCCCCAAAUCCCUCUCCAUCGAGAGCUUGUGUCCCUUGGGCGGCAGCUCCCUGACCCACUGGAAAUCGGGGAACGCACCCAUUGGGCUGGUGGGAGGCGGCAGGGGUGGCAGCAGCAGCAGCGUGGAGGGCUCAUCCUCGCCACGAGGCUUCGCCUGCCGCCGCCGGCGUGGCUCCUGCAGCUCCCUGGGCAGCCGGGUCAGUGUGUACGACAACGUGCCAGAGUUCGGCAGCAGCGAGGAUUUCUGCAAGGAGGACGGGGAGGUGACCUAUGAGAACCUCGACGACAUUUUGCAGCACAUGUGGGGACUGCAGCAGAAGGUGGAGCUCUGGUAUAAAGCCAUCUCCCCUGACCUGGCUGGGGAGGAGGGGGUUGAGGAGGAGGAGGAAUCGGACUCAGGAGGGGAACCCUCCAACCUGCACUUUGAAGAGCGUUCCAUGUCGGAUGUUGGCACCUCUGCCAGCGAUUUUGACAGCACAGGCAACUCCCUCAAUGAGGCCGAAGAGAUUGAGAUGCGGGAGCGCCGGGACUCAGGUGUGGGAGCAUCACUCACCAGGCCCUGCAGAAAGCUGCGCUGGCACAGUUUCCAGAACUCGCACCGGCCCAGCCUGAACUCGGCCUCCCUGGAGAUCAACCGACAGUCUUCUGCCCAGCUCAACCUGCUACAGAAGUGCUCUCUGCUCCGUCUUACAGCCAUCAUGGAGAAGUACUCCGUGCCCCACAAGCAAGCCUGGACGUGGACUGUGCCCAAGUUCAUGAAGCGGAGUAAAGUCCCCGACUACAGGGACAAGAUGGUCUUUGGAGUGCCGCCCAUCAUCAACGUGCAGCGGACGGGACAGCCGCUGCCCCAGAGCAUCCAGCAGGCCAUGCGCUACAUCCGCAGCCAGUGCCUGGACCAGGUUGGCAUUUUCCGAAAGUCGGGGGUGAAGUCCCGGAUUCAGGCGCUCCGGCACAUGAACGAAACCAGCCCCGACAACGUCAACUACGAUGGGCAGUCAGCGUACGAUGUGGCUGACCUGCUGAAACAGUAUUUCCGUGACCUGCCGGAGCCCAUCUUCACCAGCAAGCUGACAGACACCUUUCUGCAGAUCUACCAGUUUGUGUCGAAGGAGCAGCGGCUGCAGGCGGUUCAGGCGGCCAUUAUCCUCAUGCCGGAUGAAAACCGGGAGGUGCUGCAGACUCUGCUCUACUUCCUGAGUGACAUCGCCUCUGCCGAGGAGAACCAGAUGACAGCUGGGAACCUGGCCGUGUGCCUGGCCCCUUCAAUCUUCCACCUCAACGUCUCCAAGAAAGAGAGCACCUCGCCAAGGGUGAUGCAUAGGAGAGGCACCAUGGGGAAGCCUGACCAGAAAGACCUCAAUGAGAACAUGGCUGCGACGCAAGGGCUCUCCCACAUGAUCAUCGACUGCAAGAAGCUCUUCCAGGUUUCCCAUGACAUCUUGCUCCAGCUGAGCAGCUCCUAUAUGGCAGCGGAUGCUUACCCCCAUCCCCUGGCUGACUUUGUGUGUCAGGGGGAAAGUAAGGCUUUACACUCCUACUUUGAGCAGAGUGUCCAGAACCUGCUGAAAGAGUCAUCGGAGAAAUUCAAGGGGUGGUUGAGCACUCCAGGGCCCCUGAACACGGAGCUCUCCUGCAAAAAGGUUGGGGAUGGACACCCUCUGCGCUUGUGGAAGGUCUCCACAGAGGUUGAGGCCCCUCCCACCACGGUGCUGCACCGGGUGCUUCGGGAGCGUCACCUCUGGGACGAGGACCUGCUGCAGAGCAAAGUGGUGGAGGCUCUGAACAAGAACACAGAGGUCUACCACUACGUCAUGGACAGCAUGGCUCCCCACCCGCGCCGGGACUGCGUGGUGCUCCGGCACUGGUGCACGGACCUGCCGCGGGGAGCCUGCCUGCUCAUCUCCAUCUCGGUGGAGCACGACAAGCUGCCGGCUGAGGGAGGCGUCAAAGCCGUCGUGCUGACGUCCCAGUACCUCAUGGAGCCCAGCGCCAUGGGCCGCUCCAGAGUGACCCACAUCUGCAGAGCCGACCUCAGAGGCCGGUCUCCCGAGUGGUACAACAAGGUCUUUGGCCACCUCUGCGCCAUGGAGCUGGCGAGGAUCCGAGACUCGUUCCCAGUCCUGAGUCCCAACGGUCCCGAGACGAAGAUCUGAGGCACCAGGAAGAUGCUCUGUCCUGUCUGACAUGGACUUGCCGGUGGAUCCGGGCUGGGGCUCCUGGGAGGGAGCACGCUGCGGGCAGCCGGCCCUGGAGGGGAGCAGAGGCUGGCGCGUGUUUGUAGGCGUCCUUUUACCCUGGGCUGGGCACUCCCUGUCCCCCCAACUCUGGCUGCUUCAGCCACCCCUUGCCUGAGCGCAUCAGGUUGUCCACGGAGGCAAAGCAGUGCAGUCCCUGGUCCCCACAGGAGGGGUUAGGGAGCAGUGGGGAGCCUGUGGGGUGACCCCGGGACAGCAGCCUGCGGGCAGCGCUGGGCAGCAGCUGGUGUGGGUUGAGCUGGGUCCCCCCCGGUGUGAAUUGGGAGCUGCGAAGGGUGAAGGUGUGUGGAGCAAAGCAGGGGAGUGCAGGGGCUUGAGAGAAGCAAGCGGGGAGGACUGUGCUGUGUCUGUAGGUUGCAGCUCUGUGUCAGAAAGUGCAGUGUGGCAGCGAGGGGUGGAUCGAGUGUGGUGGCACUGGCAGGGACAGCUAGGGAGGCUAGUGGAAGAGGCUGCUAUUCUGGGACAGGAGGGGCUACACUGAGAUAUGCCUGGAGUCCCAGCAGUUGUUGAAUGGCAAAAGGGAUGUAUUGCUGUUACCUUUGGUGCUGAGUUUUAUUGGAGAAGAAGAAAAUGCCCUCUCAUGCAGCACCUUGCUCUUAGCUAAAAGAGAGCUCUCAUGUGCACUAGGUUUAGUCAGGGCUGGAUGGAGGAUGUUCCAGGGGGAGCCUGUCCCUCAGAACCAGCUUUUGCUUUGUUUGAAGGGAACAGGGCCCGUCUGGAGCCCCUGCUGCCCCUGUAGUUGCUCUGGGCAGGGAACAGGCAGUGUCCCCCUGGGACGGUUCGGAGGAGGCAGUGUGGCAGGGAGGGACGCGUCCAGCCCCACAUCUCCCCAGCCCUUGCUGCUGCUGGGGUUCAGGGUGCACUGCCCUGGAGAGAGGAGAAGGGCAUGGCAGCCUCGCCAGCACCCACUGCACUGCUCUGGGCUGAAAGCUUUGGCCAAGCAGGGUUGUGGUCAUCCCAGCUCCCUGUGCAGCACCUGCCGCCUUUAAGCAAGCAAAGCUGGGUAGCCCAAGCUGGGCUGGGGUAGCCCAAGCUGCCUGGGGCAAGCUCGGCCCCAUCCUGGCCCUUGCAGGCAGGUGGGGUGGCAGGAGGUGGAGGUGUCCUGGAUGCACCCCUCUUGGGGUGGGGCCCCUGCCCCUCCAGGGUGCAGAGCUGCCUCCCCAGCACUGCUCCCGGCAGAGUCCAUUCUCCUUCCCAUCCCUGUCUUUGUCGUGGAGGAACUGACUGCCGUGGCUGACAGCACCAGGAGCCGACGGGGUUUCUGCGGUUAGGCAGGGACCCAAGGUACCCGACAUUGUUCCAACUGGAAGGCAACGUGACCCACACAUGGGAGCAAUUCCCAGUGUCAGUUCUGCUGUAACACAGCCUCUCCGCCUGUCUUUUGGUGAAAGAAAAAGCAGCCCAGCCUGUACUAUGUGGUUUUUUUAAUAUAUAUAUAUAUAAUAUAUAUAUUAUAUAUAUAUAUAUAAAAAUAUAACUAACAAUUGGGGGAGUGAUUUUUCUCCUAAUUUUUUUUAGGCGUUUCUUUUUUUUUCUAUCUAUAAAUACUUGUACAGUUGGAAUAUUAAUAUAUAACUGGCAGCAGAGCUCGGCGCUCGGUGAUGCUCACUUGAGACAUGCAUUUUGUAUUUAAGGGACUUUC